CCAACUCUCGACCACAGCUAUGUCUUCCAAAUAUACCGGUGGCCCCACCGAAACCGAGCGCUGCAUCGAAUCACUACUGGCUGUUUUCCAGCGCUACGCUGGGAAGGAAGGGAGCAACUGCACUCUCUCCAAGAAGGAAUUCAAAAUUUUCAUGGACACGGAGCUGGGAUCUUUCACAAAGAACCAGAAAGAUCCAGGCGUCAUUGACCGCAUGAUGAAGAAGCUGGACAUGAACAGCGACGGGCAGCUGGACUUUUCUGAGUUCUUGAAUCUGAUCGGAGGACUGGCAGAGGCCUGCCACAAACACGCGAUGUCCUCGCCCACCAGCGCGUGCCACAAGAAACCGUGAAGGCAUCCGGGCCAUUUCAAGCCACGUCGUCCGAAACAUUCCAAAAUCGGUGAAUUCCGUAAGGUCCUGAUCGAGAACGGUGUGCGACGUCCUUUACUUUUUUUUCUUUUUUAAAUUUGAAUAAAAUCAAGAAUAAAGCAGA